ACUGAGCUCCUAGUAGCCUGAUCAGGAAGUGGCGGGCGGAGCCCCCGGCCGAGUCGCGCCGCCUCAGCCGCCGCCGCCGCCGCCGCCAGUGCCGAGACCCCGACCUGGCGGGGCUGCGCUGGGCGUGCGUGCGGGCAGGCGGGGGCGCUGACGAGGAGCAGGAAGCGGUGGCCACGCGGGCGUGGGCGGCUGGUCGAGGUGGAGGCGCUGGGAGGCGGCGGCCGGUCGCGUGGGGCGGCCCUCCUCGCUCAGAGAGAGAUGACAGCAAGAGCAGGAACACAAGUAGGGGGAGUGGGAGAGGGAGAAGCAGGCUUCCCGCCGAGGAGGGAUCCCGAUGUGGGGCUCAGUUCCAGGAGCCCGGGAUCAUGACCUGAGCUGAAGGCAGACGCUUAACGACUGAACCACCCAGAAUUAUGGAUCCAAGCCUGUUGAGAGAACGGGAGCUGUUCAAAAAACGAGCUCUCUCCACUCCUGUAGUAGAAAAACGUUCAGUAUCUUCUGAAUCAUCAUCAUCAUCAUCAAAGAAGAAGAAAGCAAAGCUAGAACAUGGAGGAUCAUCAGGCUCUAAACAAAAUUCUGAUCAUAGCAAUGGAUCAUUUAACUUGAAAGCUCUAUCAGGAAGCUCUGGAUACAAGUUUGGUGUUCUUGCCAAGAUUGUGAAUUACAUGAAGACACGGCAUCAGCGGGGAGAUACACAUCCUCUCACUUUAGAAGAAAUUUUGGAUGAAACACAACAUUUAGAUAUAGGACUCAAGCAGAAACAAUGGCUAAUGACUGAGGCAUUAGUCAAUAAUCCCAAAAUUGAAGUAAUAGAUGGGAAGUAUGCCUUCAAGCCCAAAUACAACUUGAAAGAUAAGAAAGCCCUACUUAGGCUGUUAGAUAAGCAUGACCAGCGAGGCUUAGGAGGAAUUCUUUUAGAAGACAUAGAGGAAGGACUCCCCAAUUCCCAGAAAGCUGUCAAGGCUUUAGGGGACCAGAUACUAUUUGUAAAUCGUCCUGAUAAGAAGAAAAUUCUUUUCUUCAAUGAUAAGAGCUGUCAGUUUUCUGUGGAUGAAGAGUUUCAGAAACUCUGGAGGAGCGUCACUGUGGAUUCAAUGGAUGAGGAGAAAAUUGAAGAAUAUCUGAAGCGACAGGGUAUUUCUUCCAUGCAGGAAUCUGGACCAAAGAAAGUGGCCCCCAUUCAGAGGAGGAAAAAGCCAGCUUCACAGAAAAAGCGACGGUUUAAGACCCACAACGAACAUCUGGCUGGAGUGCUGAAGGACUACUCUGACAUUGCUGCUGGCAAAUAGCAAACAGUUUCGUUCAUGAGCAGAGUUAACAAAGUCAAGAUCUUUCUUGUUGAUGCUGGGCUCUGAAGACCGUCUUCCCAUUCUACGUCUUGGACUGAGGAGAGGAGCAGUUCAGUUUACAGAACAAGAGCAAAUUACCAAACGCAAAGCUUACUUUAAUUGAAUGGGCUAAUGAGCUAUGUGAUAUUCCCUGUUAGCCUUCUGUUACUUCUGGGGGAAAGGCGCUUAGCAUGGCAUGCAAGUGUCUUUGCUACUUAUCUCUAUUUCUAAGUGGUUCCUGGUUCCAUUCUCUUCCUUUAUUACUUUAGAACAAGUUUGCAGAUAAAUAGUCUUGAAUGCAAUAUUUGUUUAUUCCAGAGAACAUAUUUAUAAUAAAAUCAUUGUAGAAGGAACUCUAA